GAAGAAUAUAAGAAACAUGUGAAAAUAGUAUUGCAAACGCUUCAAGAUGCAAAACUCCUUGUGAAACUCGCAAAGAAUCACUUUUAUAUACAAAAGCUAGUUUUCAGAAACAUUAGGAAUAUUAGAUUUUUUCUCGGAUAUAUUAAUUUCUAUAGACAGUUUAUUAAGAACUAUAGCCGAAUUGCACACUCUCUUACAAAUCUUAUCAAAAAAGAACAG